CAUCCAGCCUUAACUUCCUAUCCUGAUUCAGAUUCUUCCUAUGUUUCUCUUCCUUCUGACAGUCAGUCUUGACACUGAACUAUGAUCUGAUUUUGCUAGAGCAAUAUAUGUUGUCCUUUGGUAUGAUGAGAGGUUAUGAUACUGUUGUUGUCACUGCUUUCUAAAGAUACUUCGACAAGAAUACAAAACAUAUCAAUCCUACAGAAACAUGGAUUAUACUGAGAACUCUGUGUAUUGUCAGUGUUUAUUAUGUACAAUUAUAAUACUAUAUUAUUUUGUCUGAUUUUACUCCACUUUUUUUUUUAAUGUUUAUGCACCUGCAUAUGCAUAGUUCACUGUGGGAAACAGCUUUUGUUGUCAUCCUAAGCACCAAUGCGUUCUGCAAGCUUGAAAUAAUUUGAUUACUUGUUAUGGUUUGUGUAAAGUAGGACUUGGACUACAGAAAUCUCAGCAAUGCAUAUGGCUGUAUGGUUCUGUAUAAUAGUUAAUUGUUGCAUUUGCUUUGCUUAAUACAAAAUGUGUAUCAGCUUAAUACAAAAUGUGUAUCAGCAAAAUAAGGGAUAUUUGUGACUAAAUGUGCUAGCACAAUUAAUGAAGAAGUGGUUUAAGUACUUGUUGUAUAAUACUGAACAUUCGUUGUGCCUCCAAAUAAAUUUUAACCAGUUAUAUGUAUCAACAGGGAUCAAUCUGAACUAGACAUCAACUUUUCUUAAAACAACAACUUUUCCUUUACCUUUUUGUAGCUUUUGGAUGGUUUUAUCGGUAUGAAGGAAAAUUUCCCACAAUCCGUAAGGUACAAAGUGUGAUAAGUGAGCUUGUAUGCUGUGCAUUUGAAUUUUAAUUCCUCUUCUUUCUUCUCUUCCACUUUAACACAUAGAAAUUUAGAUGCUUUUCAGAUAUAUCUGCCUAUGAAUGCACUCUUUUGAACACUUAGAACUUCUCAAAACCUGCCAGCUGCAGUGAGAAUUGAGUGUAUACUUUGCAGAAGCUGUUCAGCACAGAUCAAAAAGUCCUCAAAAUAAUAAAUAAAUCCAUAAAUAAUAAAAGUUUUUGAAGAUGCAAAAAUUCAAUGGAAGUCAUGUGUGCCAUUUCCAGUUAAACUUCUGCAGAUCUCCCAUUGAGAGUGCUGAAGGCAAAAGGCUUGUGUAAAUCACACACAGAAAGGAAAAGUACCAGAAAAUCUUUAAGUAUGAUGGAAUACUUCUUAAAUCUGUAGAGUCACAUCUAAGACAUUACUGCAGUUCCAAGUAGUACUUUAUUCCUGCUAUUGCUUUGUUCUCUUUAUUUCUUUCAAUAUAUCUUAGUUAUAUCAUAGGUUUCUGUGUUGUUUGUUUCUUAUGAUGGCUGAUAGUAAUUUACUGGGGUAGGACAAACUGUCAAAGAGGGCUCAUAGAUCUCUCUCCAAAGAACUCAGAAUUUCUGAGAAGGACAGAGAAAGUAUCUGAAUCAUCGUUUAUGACUGUUUUUUUAACCUUCUAGGAGAGUAAGAAAUGCCAGCGGUUUUGAUCUUAACUAGAAUAAGAAAAUGACAGUGUACUCUGAUGCCAUUUCUUAUUGCUAGUGACUGUAAAUCAUCUUCGAUCUGAAACACAUAAAAUCCAGUAUGAUUAGGAUCAUCUGACAAAGAUAAAUACAUUAUGAAAAUUCAGCCUCUUCACACAAAUAGAGGAUUUUUGCUGUGGCUGCUGACCAAGAUAAUUUACAGAGUCUCCAAAUACCUUCUCAUAUAUUAAUAAAGAUUCAGCUCAGUUCCUGUUGAACUCUGCUACACAAUGUGGACUAAAACUUGAAAGUACCUUAACCUUUUACUUUUAGAAAUACUUUUAAAUAUUCAAAUGGUAAAUUUUCUUCCUACUGAAAAUUGCAAAUGGAUUUCCUGCGUGUGCACUAAAACCAAAAUUUCACUCUGUACUUAAAAUAUCUUUAAUAGGAAAUUAACUGAAUCCAUGGGGAAAAAGGACAGAAGAGAUGACUCAUCUUGUUGUAUCUGAAAGCAAUAAAUGCAGCUAAGAUGGUCUCUGAUGUUGAUAUUUUGAAACUCUUUGGCAUGCAUACUGCUUAGCGUGCCUUUAGGUUUAGUAAUUUUUCAAAUGUUGAGAGCUGGUGGGUUGACUACCACCUUCCAGAUACAUUAAGUGCUAUCUAUGAAAUGUAGUAUCUUCUAAUUUAUUAGAGGAUGAAAUUUUAUCAAAAAUUGUAGCUAAACUAACUAGCCCUGCAUAAAACAUGCCAACAGAAUGUUAGUAAAACAUGAGAAGCUAGCUGUUUGACUUAAGGUUGUUUUGUGGUUUUCUUUUUUAUCUCUAAAAAUUGUUGGUUUUCCAACAGUAGCUACACUUAACUGCAGAGCAGUAGUCAACUUACCACUGAACUGAUCCAACAGGAUCAUGGGCUAAAAGACUAUGAAGAAAUCUUGCCCUUUGGUUGCAUUGUGCAUUCAACAUUUUAGAAUUAUUAUGUACAAUAUUAUUUCACGCAAAAGCUGAUUUUUGCUGCUGGUGGUAGGGACUGGUCUUCAUGAUCUGGAAUUCUUUCCUGAGAGCAGUUUAGUUUCUCUGUUAAUCUAGACCUCUUCUUUAAAGGUGCUUGUUUGUAUUAAGGCAUGCAAUGGUGUGUUUAGGAUGUAUGAAGCAUUUCUUUGUUCGCAUCUAUGUGUACACGAGUGUCUGAAAGCAGUCAGUCUCCUACUGAUGUAAAAAAAAAAUGAAGAGAGAUAAUAACUAACCAAACCAAUCUAACUAAAGAGAACUAAUCAAAACUGUUUAACUAUUUGAAAAAAAGUUCUGUAAUGGACCUAUCUGCUCUACAGUUGUAACUUUGCAGAGGAGUAAGCUGAACUCUCAAAUCUUCUCUAAGCUAAAUGGCUGUGUACAGGCAGUCCAAAAGAGGUUGAAUUUCUAGCAAAUUGCUGAGGAAGUGCAGUUAAAAAUUAUACCUGAAAGACUGAUUCCAUACUUGCACUAUACUUCAGUUUUCAAGGCAGGCACUCAUGUACUGAGCUUGAAGUUUGCCAUGUUUUUAGUUUAUGUAAAAAUCUAGCUUAAAUAUAAUAAUAAUUCCCAGAAAGGAAAGGAGAGAAAGAAGUCAAAAAGUGACAGUUUUUGUGAACAGAAGAAGAAUAAAAAGGAAAUGGAAUUUGAGCAAAGACUUGCCAAAGAGAAAGAAGGAAUGCUGGAGAAAGAAAAACAACUGAAAAUAAAUCGUCUUGUGCAGGAGGUAUCUGAAACAGAACGUGAAGAUCUGGAAGAAUCAGAAAAAGUGCAGCAUUGGGUGGAAAGACUUUGUCAGACACGGUUAGAACAGAUUUCCUCUGUGGAAAAUGAAUCUCCUGAGUUGGCAAGUGGACGUCCUGCCGCUUCUUCCUCUGCCACAUCGGUGAGGCGGUUUGCUGGUGGCUUACAGCUUCAUACCACAGAUCUUGAUGAUAUAAACUUAGAUGAAGUUGAGAAACAUGUGGCACCAGUUCCACCACCACCACCACCACUUACUGUUACUCCAGUAUCAUCAGCUCAUCCACUUCCUGUAUUGAAUGUUCCACUUUCCAAAGGUCCAGUCCUAACUGUAUCACCAGCUUCCCAGGUGACCUCAUUAUCUGUUUGGAUGCACGUGCUUCUACCAUUCCCCUGCUUGGCCUCCCUCCCUGGUUCCAUUACCCACUGCAUCUAUUGGAUCAGCCAGUCUACUAUUUGUAACAUUAAAAUAAAUGAAGUGUUUCUGUCGUUUGAUAGUCCGUGAAUGCAGUCCAGAGGUUGUUUCAUUAUUUAUUCUUGAAAUUUAAGCCUAGAGGGCUUUGCUCUCUCCUUCCUGCAUGUGUUGCAGACCCAUCACGUGCAAAUAUGUUGGGCAGAAUGCAAUAGUUAAAAAGAUAUUUGGACGUGUUUAAAAAAGAAAAUGUCAGGCAGCAAAUUUAAUUGAAGUUUGAGAAAAAAUAUCUAUGUAAAUCACUGCUCUGAAAGUCUUUAAAAUUUUAUCAGGUUUGUUUGUUAGCUGCAAAGGUUGGAAGAAGAGAAUUAGCUUGAAAUCAGAAUACCCAACUUUUAAAACCUCAACAUAGCAUAAAUUAUCAGUAAAGCAAUUUUAAAUGAACAAGAGUUGGUGAUCUUUCUGUAAAUCAGGUUUGCUGACUUUUUACUGACACAAAAGAGCUAGAGAUUUCUUCUUCAGAAAAUAUUCCAACUUUAUUACAAUCUCAGUCUAAAAGAGGAUCACAUAUGUAAGAAAUCUUGUGCCAGAUCUCAUUCUAGGAGAGAAAUGGCAGCUGCCGCAUUGCACUUUCUCUUGCACUGUGAUGGGAUUUGUGUACUCUAAUUUGUGUACCAAAAUAUUAUUGUUUCUUUCAAAGCAAAAGAGGGUCCUGUAUUGUCACGUCUUUCCUACAUGUUGUUUUUCCUGCAUGGAUUUAUUGAUUGCACUAUUGUGUGUGUUGGUUGCUUGGUUUUUUUUCUUGCAUUUUUACUUGGAAAUACUAGAUUUCUGCUUUUGCGUGAUUUUGGUUAAAGUGAGAAAGGAUAUGCAAAUUUAUCACUUCUUGGGGGAAACCGGCAGAUUACGUGAAUAAUUGCCUUAAUGCAAACUACAUAUAUUUCGUUAUUAUCUUCUUACAGUGCUUCCUCUUAUGUGGGUUACAAGUUUGAAGUGCCAAGAAUAUGCUAGAUCCAUUGAAAUGGAGAUGUCGCACGUUCUUAUGGAUAACAAAGGUCCCUUGUUGUCCACAAAUAAGUGCAUGUGCAUCUAAUGCUAAGGGUCUGAUUUUUAAAGGUAACGCAGGAGCUUCUAAACUGGAUUUAACCUCAAACUCACAUAUUCCAAUAUGUGUUUCUGGUAAUUAUUCACUGCCAGAUGUCUUUGAGCAAAAGGUCAGUAAUUAAAGAAAAACACAGCUGGCAAGAACAACAAAAAUCACCUAGCCUUCAGUAAUUGUAGGCUAGUUCUCACUGAAUAUAAUUAGCUGUGUAUACAAGGAAAGAACUAAGCUCUUAAUAAACUACUAAUACUGAACUAGAGCUGCUUUGUUUAUAAGCAGUAUUAUCAGUAACCUAGUAUUGCUAAUGGGGCAUCAGACAUGAUAGUAAAAUCAGAAGGUGGACAGCUUCUCCUUGCCUCUUCUUUAA